AUGGGCAUUAGCACAGGUAUCGUAGGUGCAGGCAUUGGCGGACUUGCUGCCGCAAUUGCUCUGCGAAGGGCUGGUGCUGAAGUCACUGUGCUAGAAUCCGCCCAGCAGCUUGGGGAGAUUGGCGCAGGUAUUCAGAUGACGCCCAAUGUCUCUAUCCUGCUCCAGCGAUGGGGCGUGGACAAGGUUAUUGGCGACAACCUCGUCCAGUUCGAGGAGCUGAACAUGCGCCGCAAGGACGGCACCCGGGUAGGCUUCACCAAGAUCGCGACGCUGGAGGAGAACCUUGGCCGCCCGUGGUGGGUUGUUCACCGCGCCCACCUGCACGAGGGUCUGGCCGAGGUCGCCAGGAAGCUUGGUGCCAAAAUCAUUAUCGAUGCUGCCGUCACGCGUGUCGAGUACCAGUCCUCGCAAAAGGCCGUCGUCGAGACCUACAAGGGUGACAAGUACUCUUUCGACCUUGUAAUCGGCGCCGACGGUAUCAACAGCAUCACGAGGAAAACGCUCUUCCCUGAGGUCGCCCCAGAGCCUCCGACUACCAACUGCGCAUACCGCGCACUGGUGCCUUACGAGCAGAUCCGCAAGGAUCCCAUUGCGAAGGAGCUCAUUGAGAAGCUGACGAUGGAGGUAUGGAUGGCUGAGAACGCCUACAUCAUCACCUACCCCAUUAGUGCAGGCAAGAUGUUCAACCUGGUGCUCUCACACCACCGUCCCGAGAAAGUGCGUGCUACAGAGCAGGAUGUCCCCAUUGAGGAGCUCUGGAAUGAGUACAAGGACUUUGACCCUCGCAUCAAGAGGAUCGUAGACAUGAUCGACAAGACCUCCCGCUGGCCCCUAAUGGUGACUGGGCCCAUGAAGUCCUGGUCAUCGCCCCGGAAGAACGUCGUUCUGAUGGGAGACGCGGCUCACUCCAUGGUCAACCACAUGGCUCAGGGUGCCGCUACCUCCAUGGAGGAUGGCGCGUUCCUGGCCAGGUGCGUCGCCAGGGUGGUUAAGGGCGAGCUCCGUAUGGACGAGGCGGUCAAGGUCUACGAAGAGGAGCGCAUGCCCAAGGCGUACGCUAAGCAGCAAGUGUCCUUCCUGAAUGGCGCCAUCUGGCACCUGCCGGACGGCCCUGCGCAGAGGGCAAGGGAUGCCGCCAUGGCUCCCGAGUUGGAGGGCAAAUACUACGUCCGGAGUAGCAACCUAUACGGCGACCCGCAAACCGUCUUGGAGGUUUACGGGUACGAUGCGGAGCAGCACGCCGAGACUGCUCUGGAGAAAUAUGUACAUGGAGGCCGGGAGCCGUUCCACCCGGAGACUGGCGUGACUAGAACGCUGCAGGAGAAGUAUGUGGACUGGUUCCUGCCCAAGGGUCGUAGCGCUCCGUCUAAAUUGUAA